CAACUGGCGGUGCUGCCACGGCUGCCACGACGAGCGCUGGCAAAAUUCAGAAUGGAUUUAUAUUGAACAUUUAACAUUUUUCUGUCUAUCGUAUUUUUUGCCUUUCACAACUCCAAUUUUGUACCACAACGUGAACGGGCAAGUUAGGAACUUGGACUACAAAAAGGAAAUCGCAGAACAUAAUUACCUAUAUAGGCAGCAUCGUUGCAGUAGCUAGCCAGCCAGCCAACUACCCGUCUUCAUUGAAAUUGAAGUGACGUAAAUGAAUGAGCCCGGCGAUACACCAUUGACACACAGUAGCACGCCGGACAACAGGCCGCCCUGCAGCAUUGUCUCAAUCAUACCGAACAUAGGGAUGUCAUCAUGCCGUGGCCGUGCCGAGGCAUUUGCAAGAAGUUUGUCCUCCAAGCUGCGCACCUUGGGCACACAGGCGAACGAGGAUGCCGCAACAAAUGCAGAGGAUGAGCCCAUUAUAAAUGGCUCCAAUACCAACACGUGGGUGAAUAAUGUACAUGAAUCCGAACAGACAGUCACCGAUCUGCAGCCGCUACGUCAUGAGUCUGACUCAUUUUUCGACUUUGACUGCGAGCUGGAAUCGCCCGGCAGUCCGGCGGAAGAGUGCGAGUACCUGCGUCUGAUAGAAACCGCCUCGAAUACGCCGCAUAACUCGACAGCCGAGUCGGGCUAUGCGUGCGCCUCCGUUGCAAGCAGCCACAGCAGUACAGAUGGUCCCUACUUCGACGCGACGGCCGGCAGCAGCCGCAGCAACAACAGAAGCAACAAAUCACCAGAUGAUCUGCUGGUGACCACCACACAGCCGCAGGCAGAGCGCAGCAAAAUUCCCACAACGGAACUGAAAGAAAAUAUGGACACGUUGCAAAUGAAUGGAACACACGAGCCUCUGACAAACGGUGAUCAGACGGAGGAGGAGCAGCUGGAGCAGCAGGAGCAGCAGGAACAGGAGACGCAGCACGAGGAGGAGAAGCAGCAGAUGCAGGAAAAACAGCAGCAGCAGCAAGAGACGCAGCAGCAGCAAGAGACGCAGCAGCAACAGGAGCAGGAAGAGGAGAUGGAGGUAAAAAAACUGGAACAGGCAAAAGAGAGCGAGGAUGAGACUCUGCUGCAGGCGCAAAUACUAAGUGAACUGCAAUCGCACAGCGAAAGCAUCAAAAGCGCAGAGAAUACCACCAAUCAGACGGACAAUCAGACAAGCAACGAGAAUGCCCUGAUGAUCAAUGGACACAGAGAACAGCCAGCGGAGCUGUUGCUCCCACUGAAUGUUGAAGUGGACGAGCCCCAAGUGCAACUUUGUGGCACCGACGAGGUGGACAAAUGCAGCCAAAUUCUAACCGUAGACGUGGACCUGGCCCAGCUGGAGCAGGCCAAACAGGAUGCUGCUGAGGCCGUUGAGUCCACGGAGAAGAGAGCGCACAGUCACGGCAUCGAUACCACAGACGACGAGGACGAUUGUCGGCCGCAGCGAGUGCGACGCUGUUCCUCGCUGAAAACGGGUAAAACGCCACCGGGCACGCCCGGCCGUAAGAAGAUUGUACGGUUUGCCGAUGUGCUUGGCCUGGAUUUGGCGGAUGUGAAGACGUUCCUGGACGAAAUACCAACCAUACCGAAGUCAGCGUUUGAGGAUCUGGAAAUAUUGGAGUCCGAGCCACCGAUACAGCUCGGCCCCAAGUCGGACAAACUGUUGAUGCCGCUCUUCCAGCAGCCGGGCGGACUGGCCACAUUCCUCGAUGCUGUGCGCGAGAAGCAGGUAUCGCUGGAGAAUGCCGCCGUCACCGAUAGCAUCAAUCAGACCAUCUCUGGGUCGGUGCGUGUCCGCAAUCUGGACUUUCAUAAAUCGGUGCAUGUGCGCUACUCGCUGGACGGCUGGCGCAGCUAUGCGGAUCUGCAGGCCAACUAUGUGGAGAACUCAUGCGAUGGCUUCUCCGAUAAGUUUACGUUCGUUCUCUUCGGCAAUUCACUGCAUGUGGGUCAGCGUCUAGAGUUCGCCGUUCGUUUCCAAUGCAAGGGCCAACAAUUUUGGGAUAGCAACUAUGGCGCCAACUACUGCUUCCAGUGCUUGCCCAACUCGAGCUCGAAUCACACGGCAUCGCCGGCGUCUGUGGCGAGUGGCGCCGUCCAAUCGCAUCAGGGCAACAACUUGGUCGGCAUGCUAAGCCCCACAGUGGGCGAUGCCUGGUGCAGUUCGUUCUACUAAAACGCAAUUUUGUCUCUUGUUGUUGUUGGUAGCUGGUUUUGCUGGUGGGGGAGCACUCACAAGGAGGCAGUAGACGACGCGGACGCGGGUCGUUGCAGUCAAUGCCCAAAUCAAAACAAAACAAAAACAAACAAACAAUGAGAAAAUGGAUACAUUUAUUAGAGGCAAAGUGCCGUCAAUGCUGAUGCCCGCCUUGACGGCAAUGAGCCAGGGGCACAGAUUGCCACAGAAUGAUCAGUAAUGUAAAACCCCCCAAAAAGUUGUACUUGUAUGUGAGGCAAAUGUUAAUAUAUUUUUAUAGAGCUGGAGAAGGAGAGAAGAUGCAGCAAAUGGAGCAGGUGGAGCAGCCAGGCAACCAGUUGCAUCAAGUGAAAUGUUAGAGUAGAAUGAUCAAAAAUUCAAGUGAACAGAGCCAGAGCAAAGUGCGAUAGAAUCCCCAAUGAUAGUUAUUAGUCUUAAGUUAUAAGAAGAGCAAGUGAUAACUAAUGAUGAUGAUGAUGAUGAUGAUGAUGAUGAUGAUAAAGAUGGAUGAUAUAAUGAUACAUAUUUGCUUUACAUAAUGAACAGAUUUUGAAUGUCGACUACAGUUUUGAUUUCCAUAAUUGUUAUUGUACUAUAUUGGUUAAUGCUUUGUUCAGGCAUGUGAUGCGGGUCCACUGAAAAGAGUUUAUUAAUGUCAUAGUCCCUCGAAUCAGAUCACUCGUAAAAUCAACUAACUGACCAACCUAUUUCCUAUUUCUAGUCAAUUCAACUUUACCAUAAGACUUACUAAAAGGGCAAUAAACACUAUAUAUACAAGGAGUAGACUUCCUAGCGGGAAUCUCUUGCCAAACCUCGUUCGAAAUGUGCCAAUAAAUGGGCAUUUAAUAACUUAAUGAAACCAAAUGCUUGCCAAUUCAAUUCAUAUAUUGAUUGAUUGAUUUAUUGAUUGAUUGAUUGAUUGAUUGAUUGAUUGAGUCUGUGGCCAGUCUCUGAUAAACAGUUUUGCGAAUUUCAUACCCCUACACAUACUGAACAAUUGUUUUUUGCUAUGCCAAAUAUUAAUUAUUAUUUUAUUUUUAUGAGAUGUUGACAUUUUCCUUUUAAUUGUUUUAAUUUUAUUUUUGAGCUAUUUUUUAAUUUAAUGCGAUUUAAUUUACGAUUUCGAUACUUUGUAUGUACAUGUUGAUGCAUAUUAUUAUAUUAUACAUAUAAUCGACACACAUAGAUACAUACAUACAUACAUACAUACAUACAACACAAUAUACAUCAAAUAUAAUAUACAAAAUAAAAAUAUAUUAAAU